GGGUGUGAGGGUGUCUUGUGAAUUUGGACUCUCUCUCUCUCUCUCUCUCUUUCUCCAUCCGACGCAAUCGAAGUUCUCGAUCGAUCGAGAGCACCUUGCUAGGGUUUCGGAGCUCCGCAUCCUUUCUCCAAGGGUUUUCGAUUUGAUCAUCAUCUCUUUCCCUAUACCCUUCGGUUCAUUCCUCACAUUGAUCUUUGACUUCGCAUCAAUCGCCUCUCUUUUAGAUUCAUAAUUGGGUUCAAAUUCCCAUUUUUCAGAGCCAAAUCACAGUUUUUUAUCCAAUUCCAGCUGAUUUCGAGCUAAAUUGAAGAAACUGUGUGCUGGUUGGGAGAUUUAUACGGUCUUUGUUCACCAAUUUCGCAUUUUCAGUGCGAAAGUAGGGACCUUGAUGGAGAAAAUUAGAGAAAUUUUAAACUUUGUGUAAGUUUUUGGUGCUUGAUAUAUUGAUAUGGAUUCGCGAGGAGAAGAGGAGUAUGGGAGGGAGAUUAAGCCGAAACUGAAGAGCUCGAGGAGCUUUGAUAGUAAAGAUAUGUUCUUUAGGGCAGAUGAGAUUGAUCUGAAGAGCUUUGAUAUACAGCUAGAGAAUAAAUUGAACAAGGGAAAAGGUAGUGUUCUUCAAAGGCCCAAGGAAGAGUGGGAGAUCGAUCUCUCGAAGUUGGAAUUGCGGUAUCUCGUGGCGCAGGGGACGUAUGGUACUCUGUACAGGGGCACAUAUGAUGGUCAGGAUGUUGCAGUUAAGCUUUUGGAUUGGGGGGAAGAUGGUUUUGCCACAGAUGCUGAGACGGCUGCUCUUCGCUCAUCGUUUCAGCAGGAAGUAGCUGUUUGGUAUAAGCUUGACCAUCCGAAUGUUACAAAGUUUGUCGGAGCAUCGAUGGGGACUACGGACCUCAAGAUUCCACCAAAGAGCUCCACGAGCGGUAGCGAAACUAUCCUUCCAGCUAAGGCAUGUUGUGUUGUUGUGGAGUAUCUUCCUGGGGGAACCCUAAAGCAGUAUCUGAUCAAAAAUUACAGAAGGAAGCUUCCCUAUAAGAUUGUGAUUCAGCUUGCCUUGGAUUUAUCUAGAGGAUUGAGCUAUCUACACUCCAAAAAGAUUGUCCAUCGCGACGUCAAAACCGAGAACAUGCUAUUGGACGCACACAGGAACCUCAAAAUUGCUGAUUUUGGCGUUGCUCGUGUCGAGGCUCCAAAUCCGAAGGAUAUGACCGGCGAAACAGGCACGCUUGGCUACAUGGCUCCUGAGGUUCUCGACGGUAAGCCUUACAACAGGAAGUGUGAUGUUUACAGCUUCGGCAUUUGCUUGUGGGAAAUCUACUGCUGUGACAUGCCAUACCCUAAUCUCAGCUUCACUGAUCUGUCUUCUGCUGUUGUCCACCAGAAUUUACGGCCCGAAAUCCCCAGAUGUUGUCCGACUGCUUUGGCGAGCAUUAUGCGUAAAUGCUGGGAUGCAAAUCCGGAUAAACGGCCCGAUAUGGACGAAGCCGUUAGGCUUUUGGAGGCGAUCGACACGAGCAAAGGCGGCGGGAUGAUACCCGACGAUCAGAGAGCCAAGUGCUUAUGCUUCAUGCGCGCUCGCGGCCCGUAAAAUCUCUUUUCUUUUGCUUCCAACAUUCCACCACCACCACCACCUGAAUAUAUAGCUCCAGAUCUUUGGUCACUGAAGCUGUAGAUGUAUAUUUAAGCUCUGAUCUUUUUCGCAAUCUGUAAUAUACAUGUUGCUUUUGCGGAAACACUGGUGUAGUUGAUGUAUGUACAAUAAAAAGACCUAUUCAUUCUUCGCAUAAUGUGUAAAAAAUAAUAAAAAGACUCAUUGAUUCUUCAGAACA